GUUGCUGAAUUGGCGCAUCACGCAGACAAAACCACUUCUGUUCCUUCCGAUAUUUAAGCAAACUUCCAGAGUACUGCAAACCAGUAUACAGAUCUGUACAUCUUUAUGUUUGUCGAGUCUCCAUAGUACGGCAUUUCAAGUUUCUCCCGAGCUAUUUUAUACAGUAGUGCGACGCUUGUUAAGCACCGAAUGGCAGCAUUUAAAGCUGUUGCUGUGAUCUUUGCUAUCGCGCUGAACGGCUGGUUCUUGCGUGACUGGACAGUAACUGCUUAUACUGCUCCACCAAUCGAAUACAUCUUCGAGUGCGAUAGCUCUCCUACUAACGAAACGUACAAAAAGAUUACCGAUCUCCGUGGCGCACGAUGCAGUGAGCCGGUGACCACGCUAAUUACUAAAGGAAGCCCGGAUAACGUCAAGUAUCAAGUCCAUUACACAUGCCAGACCCGAGAAGAACCAGUCCAGUGCAAUGAAACUCCCAGGGACAUCCAGUGCACAACGGGAGACCAGUGCAGGUGUUGCCUGAAUGUUGCCAUGGAAGCCCUUUGCCAGGACGAACGGCUAUCACUACGGCGUUUUUUGCGUACUUGCAAAAGAGUCUCCCUGCCAGUGACGGAUCCCCCAGCUGACCCCGCAGAGGACGAAGUGACGGUGAUUUAUGAGGUGCCAAGUGAGAUAACUGCAACUACCGUUCCAACGGUCGGGAAUCACGUGUCAGGUCGACCAUAUUGCCCCGACGGUAACGACAGUAUUCUCGAAGGGAGCUGUUUCGUACCGGCGCUGAUGAUCGUGGUAGAUAAGGGGAACUGUUUGCAAAAGAUUACCGCUGGGGUGCCCACUGAAAAGGUGGCAGGCAGUGAUUACACAGUCAACAUCGCUUACUGGUCCUCGGGCCGGCAUGAAACCUGGAACGGGCUGUCUCCUAUUCCGGCAACUGCCUUUAACACCGCAUUACGCGUUCUGGAUGACUGCAACAAGUAUAACGUAUGCUCCAAAUGCAAAAAACUACCGUUGGUGAAAGUUAUAAUCGAACAAGGAUACGCAGUGCCUACAACCUUGGAGGAAGUUGAGACCAACGAUACGACUACGCCCUGGGCGCCGAUUCCCUCCGCGUGGAAGCAGCCUAUUUAUCCUACGCAUUAUUGAGAACCGCUUAAUUAUUACAGCAGCGAUACGCAUAUGUUUUAAUUGGGUGCCAUGGCUUCCUUAAAAUAUUGAUAAUAGAUUUGAUUAUAGAAUUUAAAUGAAACGUCAUGUGCUGUUGGAAUGAACGAGUAUAUUGC